CCAAUUGUAAGCAAGCCAUCAUCAUAUCAACCGACUCCCGAGAGGAAGACAUUGUGUGUUCUUCUGAUUCGUCUCAAACCAAAUAGCCUGAAUCAAUUUUCCCCAUCACUUAGCAUGGCUGAAUCACUCCUUUUCAGCAUUGCACAGGGUGUGCUAGGGAAGAUAGCAUCACCAGCGUUCAAAAAAGCCGUCACAAUUUGCUGCUUCGAAAAUCAGAUCCACGAGCUUGAAAAUACGUUGACUACUGUUACUGCCGUGUUGUUAGAUGCUGAGGAGAAACAGGCGAAGGACCAUCGCCUGCAACAGUGGCUGCGACGGCUUCAAGACGUGUUAUACGAUGCAGAGGAUAUUCUCGAUGAACUCGAGUGUGAAGCCUUACGAAAGCGGGUAAUCAAUCAGUACGGGGGUGUCAGAGAGAAGGUACACCACUUCUUUUCCCUCUCUAAUCCGCUAAUACUCCGUGCAAAGAUUAGUCAUGAGAUCAAGGAGAUCAGGGAGACAUUAUCUAAAAUUUCUAUAGAAAAGAAUCAAUUUGAUCUUAGUGUGCGGAGUGUUGACAAUGGUGUGGUGCAUUUGCGAUCACGAGAGAUGACUUACUCGUUCAUAAACAAGUUGGAUGUCGUCGGAAGAGAUGAUGAUAAACAAAAGAUAAUUGAGAUAUUGAAGCGGCUAGAUGACAAAAACCUCGUAGUGAUUCCCAUUGUUGGAAUAGGAGGUAUGGGCAAGACGGCCCUAGCUAAAUUAAUUUACAAUGACGACAGAGUGAAGGAGCAAUUCAAGUUGCGACUAUGGGUGUGUGUACCUGAGGACUUUGAUUUAAAAAAAACUAUUGACGGAAUCCUUAAAGAUGCAAUUGGUCAAAGCUUGAGUAACCUUGAUAUUCAGCAAUCACAAACAUUUCUACGAGACACCAUCAAAGACAAGAAAUUUCUACUAGUCUUGGAUGACGUAUGGAGCAACGACCGCAGUAGAUGGGAAGAAUUGAAAGCUUUGCUGAGCGAAGGAGCUAGUGGAAGCAAGAUAAUUGUGACAACGCGCAGUUUAGAAGUCGCUUCUAUAAUGGGUACCCAUCCAGCGCAUAAUCUAAACAGUCUUUCUCAUAAAGACUCCAUGGCAUUGUUCAAAAAAUGGGCAUUCGAUCAAAAGGAAAAGCAACCAUGUCCUGAUCUCCUCGACAUUGGAAAUGACAUUGUCAAAAAAUGUCAAGGAGUUCCUCUCCUUGUGAAAACUUUGGGGAGUCUCCUUUACACAAAGGGCGAAGAAGGGUAUUGGGCCCAUAUAAGAGAUAGCGAAAUAUGGAAGUUAGUGGAAGAAAAGAAGGACAUUCUGCCGGUUCUUAAGCUUAGCUAUGAUCAUUUACCGUCCCACUUAAAACGUUGUUUUGCCAUAUUUUCACUUUUUCCCAAAGGAUGUGCAAUUACUAGCCCUAGGUUAGUUAGGAUAUGGAUGGCUUUAGGACUCAUUAGUUCAACAAGGGAAAAACUAGAUUUGGAAGAUGUUGGCGAUGGGUACAUCAAAGAGUUGUGGAAGAGAUCUUUGAUCCAAGAAGUCGAUGAGUCUGAAUCAAUAUUAAGUUUUAAAGUGCACGAUCUAGUCCAUUCUCUUGCAAUGAUUGUGGCACAAAAUAAUUUCUCUGCUGUUGGCUUAGAUACUAUAGAGAUUACGGAAGGAGUUCGGUACAUUUCGUUCUCUAGCCGUUCGUUGGAGGGAAUCCCAAAUUUUGAUGGAGUCCCACCUUUUUUGAGAAAGCGAACUUCAAAGAGGCUCCGUGCAAUUAAAUUUGAAUUCGAUGUUGAUGAUGGAGUUAUUACUGCAGAGUUUGGUAGAAUAUGCAUCUCCAAAUGUAACCACUUGCGGUAUCUGGAUUUGUCAUGUGGCAGCUUUGAGGAGCUGCCAAGUUCCAUAUGCAACUUGAAGCAAUUGAGGUCGUUACAUCUCUCUAAAAACAAGCAAUUGAAGAAGCUUCCAGAUACCAUUUGUGAGCUGCAGAGUUUGCUACACUUAUUACUCAAUCAUUGCUCAAAGCUAGGCUAUUUACCCAAAAAUAUGAAGAGGCUCGUCAGCCUUAGAAAUCUGUACAUAACAACACAGCAGAAGAGUCUGCAAGAAUGUGGAAUACAAUGCCUGGAAAAUCUACAAUUUUUGGGACUCACUGGAUGCCCAAAUCUUCAGGUUUUGUUUGAACGUACUGGCCAACUGACUCGCCUUCGAAAGUUGGAAAUUGAAGAUUGUGGGGAACCAAUUUCUCUGCCUUUUGUGGAAUUAAUUGCCCUAGAGUACUUGAAUAUUGACAAUUGCAAGCUCAUGUUGACCGACAAUAACAAGUCCAACUUUCCUUCGAAUCUUCGUGUGCUAGCAAUAUCAAGGUCCGAACAAGUGAUGGAGGUGCUCCAAUGUCUCGAUAAGUCUGCUUGCGCUUUGGAGUCCUUUUCUGUCUAUGACUGCCCGACCUUGACUGAUGUACCUGAAUGGCUUCCCAAUCAUACACGUCUCAGAUUAAUUCACUUGAUCCGAUGUUCCAACUUAUCAUCUAUGCCACAAGGAAUGCAGUCCCUCGCUGCCCUCAAAGAAUUACGUGUCGAAAAUUGUGGUCAACUGAGCGAGAGAUGUCGACCAACAACUGGCGAGGAUUGGCCCAAAAUCGCAAAAAUUCCUCGAAUCGAACUUGAUGGUAUUCGUGUACAAUGGACGGAGGAUUAGGUGAACUCCCACAAUCUAUUUGACACGCCAUGUGGAUCUCCGCAAAGAUUUGGCCGUACACUCCACUGAUUCUUCGUCAAUCUCUUUCAUUUCAUGGAUGAAAACAAUGGUUGUUAAUAUUAUAUGUCUUUCUUUAUUUCCUUGAAUGAGUGCACUUCUUUAUUA